GUGAGGUCAGGGGCGGGGCUAGCUCCAGGGGGGCCCCAGGAGCCCCAACAGCAGUUCAGAGCAUGCGGUGUCCUGGAGCAAGUAAGCGGCUUGAGAUGAGAUGUUCCUCCCUCCCCUUUCAACCAUGGACCUCACACUGUGGCCUUUCUCUUAGAGCCUCUGAGACUGGUUCCCAAGCAAGGCACAAUGCCCCUGCCCCCCAUAAGACUGCCCAGCCCCUAUGGCUCUGAUCGGCUGGUACAGCUAGCAGCCAGGCUCCGGCCAGCACUAUGUGAUACCCUGAUCACUGUAGGGAGCCAGGAGUUCCCCGCCCACAGUCUGGUGCUAGCAGGUGUCAGCCAGCAGCUGGGCCGCAGGGGCCAGUGGGCUCUGGGAGAAGGCAUCGGCACUUCCACCUUUGCCCAGCUCCUGCACUUUGUGUAUGGGGAGAGUGUAGAGCUGCGGCCUGAGGAGCUAGGACCCCUUGAGGAGGCAGCCAGGGCCUUGGGGGUACAGUCCCUGGAAGAGGCAUGCCGAAGGGCUCGAGGAGACAGGGCUAAAGAGCCAGAUCCAGGCCUGAAGAAACACCAGGAGGAGCCAGAGAAACCCUCACGGAAUCCUGAGAGAGAACUGGGGGACCAGAAGCAGAAACCAGAGAAGGCUUCUCGAACUGGUGGGAGAGAACAGAUGUUGCACAAGCAGAUGCCACCAAGAGGCAGCCCCGAGAAGGCAGGAACAAUGCAGGAGGCUCAGGGGGAGCAGACUAGGUCAAAGGAGAACCACCUCCAAGCCCCUGUUGGCCACAGGGGAGCAGAUGGGAAGCAAGGAGUGCUCAUGUGGGUGAGGGAGAAUCCAGGGGGCUCCGAGGAAAGUCUAUGGGAGCUCCCUGGCCCCUUUCCCCUAGCAGACUUCCCCCAAACCAGCAUCACCCCCAGGCCACGGUGGGCUGAGGCCCCUUGGCUGGUGGAGGGCCAGCCUGCCCUGUGGAGCAUCCUGCUGGUGCCGCCUAGAUAUGGCACUCCCUUCUCCCACAUCGCCCCCACCACUGGAGCCUGGCAGGAGGUCUGGCAGGACCACAGGAUCCCACUGUCCCUAAAUGCCCCCAAAGGGCUCUGGAGCCAGAACCAGUUGGCCUCUUCCAGCCCCACCCCAGGUUCCCUCCCCCAGGGCCCCACACAGCUCAGCCCUGGGGAGAUGGAAGAGUCUGAUCAGGGGCACACAGGUGUACUUGCAACCUGUAGAGGUCAUGAGGGCAAGGCAGGCUGCCCACCUCGCCCACACCUUCCCCCGGCCCCUCCUGCUCGAUCUCGGCCCUAUGCGUGCUCUGUCUGUGGAAAGAGGUUUUCACUCAAGCAUCAGAUGGAGACGCACUACCGAGUCCACACAGGAGAGAAGCCCUUCUCCUGUAGCCUUUGUCCUCAGCGCUCCCGGGACUUCUCGGCCAUGACGAAGCACCUGCGGACGCACGGGGCUGCUCCGUACCGCUGCCCCCUGUGCGGGGCCGGCUGUCCCAGCCUGGCCUCCAUGCAAGCGCACAUGCGCGGCCACUCGCCCAACCAACUCCCGCCCGGAUGGACCAUCCGCUCCACCUUCCUCUACUCCUCCACGAGACCGUCCCGGCCCUCGACCUCUCUCUGUUGUCCCCCUUCCUCCACCACCUAGCGGGGUGUCGGUAGCGUCUUAGCCAAGAGUCCAAUUAAAGAACGAAAAGCCGGCCGGCUCGGCUUCUGACCUGGCACCGCUGCUACAGCGGCCUAGCAAAUUCCGCCCCAAAAAGGGCGCCGAGUGCCCUCUCCCGGACGAUCGCGGGUCGCAGAAGCCCAGGCCAGCGAGCCCUACAGAGUGAGGGCACUGAAGUGUGCAGGAGCGAAGCUUAACAGUAGGAGGAUUGUCGAUCACAUCAGCAUAAUAAAGAGUUUCCUGUGUUCUCCCUUCA